UAGCUGUAGAUUCUGGUAUUUUUAGUUCCCGGGUACUUAAAAAAAUUCUUGGAUUUGAAAGAAGUCAUCAAUUUUCUUGAAACUUUUGCUUACAAAUCUUGGCAUUUUGUUGAUUGUUAUGCAGAUUUGACCGGUGAAUUUAUUGUAAGAGAGGCUCAAAAUGGAAAAUAUUUCAAGUCCUGAUGUGGGAUAUGGAUACCAGCCAUCACCUUCUACUGAAACAACAGGUCUUUCGACGUUGAGUGGCAAUUCUUUUGCGUAUUGCAGAACAAACUCAGAGACCUCAGCCUUUUCUGAGCAUACAGAUGAAAACAGUUGUUCUGAGACGGCUUCUCCUAUGAGCUCGCGGAGUCUGAAAGUGCUUUCGAGACUAGGAAUGAGGCAGCACAAGACAAUUGCAGAUGAUCCUGACACAGUAGAUUUAGAGCUUGAAUUGAUGAAGGAGAGAUUUUCAAAGCUGUUAUUGGGAGAGGACAUGUCAGGAGGGGGGAAAGGGGUAGCAACAGCAGUGACAAUCUCAAAUUCCAUCACAAAUCUUUACGCAUCUGUGUUUGGUCAACACCAAAGAUUGGAGCCUUUACAUCCUGACAAGAAAAUAAUGUGGAAGAGAGAAAUGAGUUGUCUCUUAUCUGUGUGUGAUUACAUUGUAGAAUAUGUUAGCACAUCACAGAAACUACAAGAUGGAACCACUGUUGAGGCAUUGACAAGCAGGCCUCGAUCAGAUAUUCACAUCAACCUUCCUGCACUUAGAAAACUCGAUGCCAUGCUCCUCGAAAUCUUGGACAGUUUUGAGGCCACCGAGUUCUGGUAUGCUGAGAAAGGAAGCAUGUCAAACAACUCAACACGUGUUGGAUCGUUUAGGAAGGUUAUUCAGGUUCAGCCUCAGCCUCAGCGCAAGGAAGAGAAAUGGUGGUUACCAGUUGUUUGCGUUCCUUCUGGUGGCAUUACCGAGGAGGCAAGGAAGCAUUUGAGGCACAAGCGCGAUUGUGCCAACCAAAUUCAUAAAGCAGCAAUGGCCAUCAAUAGCAGCAUUCUUGCUGAAAUGGAAAUCCCAGAAUCAUACAUGACAUCACUCCCUAAGAGUGGAAAGGCGAGUGUUGGAGACUCCAUCUAUCGCCACAUGUAUUCAGCAGAGAAAUUUUCCCCUGAACAUUUGCUUGACAGUCUAAACAUAAGCUCUGAACAUGAAGCACUAGAGCUUGCUGACAAAGUUGAAGCUUCAAUGUACACAUGGAAACGUAAAUCAUGCAUGCCUCACGCGAAAUCAUCAUGGGUCCAUCUUGUCUCUGAUGAUCGGACUGAUAAGAAUAAUGUUUUAGCAGAACGAGCAGAAAGUUUGUUGUUUUGUUUGAAGCAAAGGUAUCCCGAACUUUCACAAACAACAUUGGACACAAGCAAGAUUCAUUUCAAUAGGGAUGUUGGUAAGGCAAUCUUGGAAAGCUAUUCUAGAGUACUGGAAAGUUUGGCAUUCAACGUCGUUGCUUGGAUUGAAGAUGUUCUUUUUGUAGAUAAGACCAUGAAAAACCAAGAAGGAUAGGGAUUGCAGUAAGCAAAGACUUUUUUGAUUUCUGCAAAUCAGAGUCAAAUUUUAGCUCCUGUAACAAAGGAUCAUUACUAAAUAGGAUAGCACCAAGUCGAGAACUCGAUCAAAUGGAGGAUCAAUUUCACCACGUGGAAACCAAAUUGAUUGUGUAAUUUGAGAGACGUACUCAAACUUGGAAAAUUUGUUUAUUUUUUAUGGUUUUGUAUAUUUAUAACUUAAAUUCAAGAACCAAAUUCUGUA